AUGAAAAAAUUGGCACUCGCCCUAAUCACGGCGUCAAGAAAACUGAGGCCAUAUUUCCAGGCCUACUCAAUCAAAGUUCUCACCAACUUUUCACUGAAGCAGGUACUGCAAAAAAUGGAAGCUUUGGGCUGCCUGUUAAAAUGGGCAAUUGAGUUUAGUGAGUUCAACCUACUGUUCCGACCCAGACAUGCCAUCAAGGGACAAGCCCUUGCAGAUUUUGUGGCUGAAUUUGCCAUAGAGCCAGAAAUGGAGGCGGCAAUGAAACCAGCCGAGCCCCCAACGUGGAAUUUGUUCGUGGAUGGAUCCUCAGGAGAAAUUGGCUCUGGAGCUGGGAUCGUCUUAAAAAGCCUGGAAGGCCACAAGUUAAAUUGCACAGUAAGGUUCGGCUUUAAAGCCUCGAACAACGCUGCCGAGUAUGAGGCCCUUCUAGCAGGCCUUAGACUCGCAAAACAAAUGCAAGUCAAAAGGGUCUUGGCAAGCAGCGACUCUCAACUUGUGGUGAGUCAGGUCAACGAAAACUUUGCCACCAAAGACAGUAGUAUGGCUGCAUAUUUAAAAUUGGUCCUGGACCUAAUCCCACACUUCGAGAGGUUCAAAUUGAUCCAAGUCCCACGCCUCGAGGACACUCAUGCAGACGCCCUAUCAAAAUUGGCCAGCAGCAAAGACUCAGAGCUGCUAAAGAUUGUCUCCACUGAACGCUUGUCGAAGCCCUCCAUCUCCGAGGGUGAAGAGUUGUUAUGGAUAGAAAGUAACCUAGUAUGGAUGCAACCCAUCAUGGCCUAUCUCAAGGAUCAGUCACUACCAGCUUCAAGAAGCGAGGCGAGGAAGUUAAGAAGGAAAGCCGCUCACUUCGUCCUACAAGAGGAUGUCCUCUACAAAAGAGGCGUUGCCUCACCACUUCUUCGAUGUGUAGUAGGAGAAGAAACCAUGUAUAUACUCAGGGAGAUCCACAAAGGGAUCUGCGAAAAUCACUCCGGAGGAAUGGCUCUGGCACACAAAGUGCUCCGACAAGGCUACUUCUGGCCAACCCUGAAAAGGGAUGCUUGCCAAUUCGUUCAAAAAUGUGAUAAGUGUCAGCGCUUCUCAAAUAUUCAAAGACAACCUUCUCAAAGUCUCUCCGUAGUCACCAAUCCAUGGCCAUUCGCCAAAUGGGGCAUCGACUUCAUCGGUCCACUCCCAAAAGAGAGAGGAAGCGCGACUUUUGCCAUUGUCGCCAUUGACUACUUCACCAAGUGGGUCAAGGCUGAACCUCUUACCAAGAUCACCGAGGUGAAUACUACAAAAUUCGUUUGGAAGAACAUCAUUUACAGGUUCGGCAUUCUCCACUCUUUAGUGUCCAACAACGGGAGACUGUUCGACAACAAGAAGAUGUGA